UGCUAUUUGUAUUUCAGGGACCUGAUGCAACCAAAGCCAACCCCAAGCUCUUCAAAAAUUUUAUUAGAGUCCUUUGCAAUGCCAACAGUUCAGAAGGAUUCAUACCAUCUAGAGAUGUCUCCUUGACAGAAGUAAAAAUCAUCAAUACAGUAUCACUUAACCCACCUGAGCUCCGCCAAUCACCAAACAAUCGUUCAAUCCUAGCUUUCUUCGCCGGUGGAGCUCAUGGUUACGUGAGAAAACGACUUUUAAAACACUGGAAAGACAGAGAUCUCGACGUUCAAAUCCACGAAUAUCUCCCAAAAAACUUGAAUUAUUUCGAAUUAAUGGGACGAGCCAAGUUUUGUCUGUGCCCUAGUGGUUAUGAAGUAGCAAGUCCUCGAAUCGUGGAGUCUAUUCAUGCAGGGUGUGUACCUGUGAUUAUCUCUGAUACUUAUGUUUUACCGUUUAGUGAUGUUCUUGAUUGGGAGGAAUUCUCGAUUCAGAUAUCAGUUGAUCGGAUACCUCAACUUAAAAAGAUUUUGAAAAGUGUAUCAAUGGAAGAGUACUUAAAGAAGCAGAAGAUUGUCAUGCAAGUAAGGCAACAUUUUACAUUAAAUAGACCAGCUAAGCCUUUUGAUUUGUUACAUAUGAUACUUCAUUCCAUUUGGCUUAGAAGGCUCAAUGUUAGAGUUCUUGAUUAGCAGCUGAUUGUCUCUCUCAAAAUAAGUAAUCACUAGAUCAAUGUAUAUGAUUUUACAAAUAAUCUCACU